AAUUCCAGCUCUGCAUAUUUCGCUCGGUCUCUUUAAGAAGAUGUUUGAUAUGUUAGAGAAAAGCAUUCAUGACCUUGAUCUACUAAUAUUCAACAUGCGACAGGAUGCUUCACUUCCAUCUGGGCAACAUCUUGCAGAAUUUGAGAAGAGAGUUGUAGAAGCUGCAGAACAUCGCAGUUCAUGUGAACAAACAAUCCAGUCUUUAAGUGAAAAAGUAGAUGAGUUGCACAAUGAAUUGUCCAGGUGCCUUGUUCUAAAUGUACAUGAUGCAAAAGUAAUUGCUGAUAUUGGCCAUCAAAUCACUCUGAAAGAACAACAAAUCAAGGAUUUGGUAAGCAAUUGUUUACAGUAAUGUAAAUUUGAAAAAGUAAUUCAAUGUGAAAUAAAAUAAAAUAAACAAAAUAUUACAUUU